UUCAACCCGACCCGACCCGACCCGCGAGCCAUUCGUGUUUAAGUCGAGCGUAGGUAGACUGUAGAGUGCUUCGAUAAUACCAGCAAGUAGAUUUCCAACUUCCACCCCCCUAAAAUCUAGAAUUUCGAUUUCCGCCCAAGAAAUUUUCCUUGGUCGUCGCCAUUUUCAUUUCCAUACUUGUGUUUCUCCAUUUCUCAGCAGCUACUCCACAUCCGUUGACUUUACAACGUUCAUCGCCUGCUAGCCUACGCGCUAUCUUCUGAAGAAUGGCGGAGGAAAUGAGUCACCCGUCGAAGUAUGUGAAGUUGACGAAAGAGCAAGCGCCAAUGGAGGAUAUUAAUCCAGGCGAACUUAAUCAGCCGAUUGAUGUUCCUCAGUUGCACGUCGUCAAGUGUAAUGAAUGCGGACAGCCUUUACCAGAAAGCUUUCAAGCACCUGCUGAUGAACCUUGGACUACCGGGAUUUUUGAGUGCACUAAUGACACAGAAAGUUGUUGGAUGGGACUGUGUUGCCCGUGUGUCUUGUUCGGCCGCAAUGUUGAACAAAUGAGAGAAGUUGAUACUCCAUGGACUGGGCCGUGCAUCUGUCAUGCCAUUUUUGUCGAGGGUGGCAUUGCCCUUGCUGCAACAACAGCAGCCCUACAUGGAUUUAUCGACCCAAGGACUACAUGUCUCGUUGUUGAGGGUUUGUUUUUCAGUUGGUGGAUGUGUGGAAUAUAUACUGGCCUCGUGAGACAGUCAUUGCAGAAGAAAUACCAUCUCGAGAAUUCGCCAUGUGACCCUUGCAUGGUGCACUGUUGCAUGCACUGGUGCGCACUGUGCCAAGAACACAGGGAACUGAAAGGACGCCUCUUGGAAGAGACCUUCGAGCCAAUGACUAUAGUGAAUCCACCUCCAGUCCAACAAAUGAACUCUGCAAGUGAUUCACCACUGCCACGCUCCACAAACGGGGCUGACCAAGUUCAUGUAGAGAUGCAAGCUUUAUAGAUUUUCUUAGGUACUUGAGAAUUCUAUGCGAACGUUGAGAUUGAAUCCCUUUUAAUUUUACAUUGUACAACUUACAUUGAUUCUGCUUAUGUCUGGGUCAAAUUGAGCUUUAUAUAUUGGUACUGGCAUUUUGAGACUGGUGAAAUUACAAAGAAGUGGACUAUUGGUAUUUCUGG